CUCACAUUUCCAUACGUUCACACUUUCACAUUGCCUUCUAUUUUUAUCUUCCUCUGCUAACGCCGAAUGAGCUGAGUUGCUGCUGUGAGUUGGGGAUAAGGUUACGGAAAUCAGUGAAGUUGGUCAGUCCAAUCCUUCUCUUCCACCUUUCCCAAUCAGAGGCCAGUCUUUUCAGUGAUGGCAAAGAUAUAGUCAUUUUUUAUAUUUGAAAGUUGGUUAAAAAAAAAAAGGGUUUACUCCUGUAGACUCUUCAAUGCAACACACAGUGUGUAUAAAAGCAAUAAACCCCAGAUGAAGAAAUCUCUCGACUCUCAAAACUGACUAAGUUUCCGUAGGAGGUAAAUAUGCUCUGAUAGGACUUGGUUCCUGGAUUUGCUCAAUGCCUCAAUACCCUCCUCUUUACCACGUUUCUGUGGGUGCCAACUGCCAAAGCCAAACCCACCUUUGCAGAAACCAUUUGGAGGGUACUAUUUUGAGGGGGUCUUGAAAUCUGUGAUCUUCUUUGGAGCUAUUCAGACACAGAGGGGAGAAAGGGGUGUUUUGCUUCUCUUCUAUUGUCCUGGUUGGCGUUUGGGGUUAAGCAAAGUACCCAUUUGUGAUAUCUUUGAAAAACGCUUUGGUUCUUUUGGAGGGUAUUGAAACAAAGGCAAGAGCAAAGUCAUGGCAGAUUGGCAUAGUAUCAUGAGCAAUAACACUGGUGGUUGCAGUCGGAGAUCAAUGAGAGAUGAAGAUUUUGAUGAAGAAGAAGUCUGGUCUUGUGUGAAGGAGAAGGAAGAUUCGAGUUCCACACCAAGGAAACCUAGGGAGUCCUCAAGUUCUUCCUCUGCAUGGCGCCUUCCAAGCGCACCAAGAAUGAUCCGAAGAGUUGGCAACUCAGCAAGCCAUGAAAACAAGGUGGCUCAGCAAUCAUCAGCUCCAGUGAACAUCCCUGAUUGGUCCGAGAUAUAUGGCAAGCAUGCAAAUAUGGAAUCAUCAAGAAACGGGUCAUGGGUUGAUAAUGGGGGUGGCAUGGUUUAUGGUGAUGGAGAUUAUGGUGGUUGUGGGGAGGAUUAUGAAGAUGAUGAUUUGGUCCCUCCACAUGAAUGGCUAGCUAGAAAGCUUGCAAGGAGUCAAAUUUCUUCUUCCUCCGUUUGUGAAGGGAUGGGAAGGACGCUUAAAGGUAGAGAUCUCAGCAAAGUGAGGAAUGCAGUUUUGACAAAAACAGGUUUCCUCGAGUAAUGGGACUGUACCAUCAUCAGUUCAACAUCCAAAUCAUCAUCUUCAUUGCAUAUUACACAACCCCAUCAUAUUAUGCCAUCACCAGUCAUCAUCAGCAGCAGCAGCAACCACCAUGAUCAUCAUCAUGUUCAUCUUCAUUUGUUCUUUGGGUCCCAUAUGUUACCUUUCUGCUUUUAUGAACUUUUGCUCAUGUUAUGUUGUAGCAUGUCAUGAACUUGGAACUAGAAAACAGAGUCGUAAAACAAGUCGGAGCUGCCUUUUUGUUCCAAAGAAGUGAAGGAAAAAGGAAAAAAACAGUUUGGCAGCCUCUGAGAUUUUGUCUGGUAGUGGAGUAGGAUGUGUUUUGGGUAUAGUUGGAGUCCUCCUUUAACAGCAAAGAGAAUUAGUUAAUCAUCAUUUCUAACUCUUCUUUUGGCUGCUCUUUCAUUUAUCAUCAAAUUUUAAAUCAUUACAGUUGUUCUUAUUCUCUAUGAUUCAAGUAGUAAUUGAGUCAAUA